GAGGAAGCUGAAAUGUUUCUCAAUGACCAAAAGUUGUGUCAGAGGAAGAAGUCCAUUAGUCCAAAGCAUCUUCAAAUUCGUUCCAAACCCCUUGAACCACAUGAGCAAUUUGUUUCAGUUCCUACCAUUUGUCCCUGAGGUCGACCUUUACAGAGGCGGGGUGGGAUGAAGGCUGUUGGUAGUGAGCGGCUAAGGCCGUUUCUUAUCGUUAGCCUGUCAUUUAUUUUAUUUGCGUCAUUGCUUGUAUAUAUCACUCGCCGGUUACCCUCAAUUCCAGAGGAACAUCGAGGACACUUUAAAUUUCCUCACAAUGUUGACGAGUUAAAAAAUAUUGGUCUAGUCCUGUCAGAAUACCAAGACAAUUAUUACUGGCAAAUAUUAAUUCUGAUAAGCACCGUUUUCAUAUUCCUUCAGUCAUUCAUGAUACCAGGUUCGGUCGUGUGUGUGGUUCUACUGGGAUAUCUGUUCCCUUUCCCAGUCGCUGUCAUUAUUGUAGCUUUGUGUUCGGCGAUUGGGGCGUCACUGUGCUAUCUUCUCGUUGGCUUUAUCGGUUCCAAAGUACUGAUGUAUUUCAUCCCUGAAAAAAUUGAAUUAUGUCGUCAAGCAAUUCAACGGUAUCGACAUGCAAUGUUUUUUUGUAUAUGCUGUUUGCGAAUCUGUCCUUUCAUCCCAAAUUGGCUUGUGAAUAUUUCUUCUCCAAUAAUCGAUAUCCCACUGGUUCAUUUCUUCUUUGGAACAUUUGUAGGAGUAGUUCCAUUAUCAUUGGUUUUCAUUAAAGCAGGAACUGUGCUUCAAGAACUCACAGAUUUAGGCGUUACUUCUUUAGCUUCAUUUUCAACACUGAUUAUUUUAGCUGGUUUAUCACUUCUACCUUUAGUCUUUCGUAAUCAACUCCGUGAAGCAUUUUUAUAGUCGACUUUAUGUUCUCUCACUCUUGUUAUGUUGAUUGAUUUUGUGUUCAUCACACAACUGUAUUAGCUAAAGUAUCUAGAAGUGACCACAUUGUACAUAUUUUUUGGUGGAUGUUUUAAAAUAUUUCUGAUCUAUUUUAACAGUGUUUAAUUGGAUCCUGUGAUGAUAAAAGCAAUAUUGCGGAAUUCUUCAUCUUUCGAUUCUAUUUCUGUGAUCUACCAACUAUUAACACCAUACUUGGUUUUUAUUCACGCUAUUUUUCCUAUU